CACCAUCCAUCUACCUCCUCUGUCAUUCUGGGUUCAGAUUCGCCUUGCAUAGUAGCUUUUGGCGCAAGCUCCGCUGGAUCAAGUUCCAGCCUCGAUACUGCUCACCAAUAUGGCAUCCACAUCCCGGUCAUCCGCUCCAAACCCAUUCUUCCCUCCUCUCAGCAACGCCUCUCGGUUAUCGUUCUUUCCAACUGUUCAUGAGCCCCAUGUCUUCCACCCCUAUCAGUCUUUGAGUAUGGGAGGGAAAGGCGCUAUCUGGUCUGGCGGGGUAGGACUCGCAGCUAGUGCACUGCAGAAUGCUGUUCAACGUCAUGAUGCUGGGUUCUGGGGUGUCUUCACAAGAACAGGAGGAACCAUUGUCACCUUCACCCUCAUGGGAUUCGCAUUCCCAUUCGUCAACGCAGUCACCGCCAACAUCAGACAAACAGACGAUUCUGUGAACCCAGCCGUUGGAGGAUGUGCAGCCGGAUUCAUAGGCGGUAUCAGGCAAGGAUCAUUCCCCGCUGCUCUUGGCGCUUGCGUCUUCCUCGGAGCGACAUUCUACACCAUUAACGAGAAUGACAUGUUACUCUCAGACCCCAAGGGUUCGGAGAACCGUACGGCCCAAAGAGCAGAGUGGUUCAAACCGUAUGAAAAGAAGCCAUUGCCUAAUCAAUGAACAAACGAGGGUCGGAAAAGUGGUCGUGGUCAGGGCUCAAAGGAGGAAAGCCAAAGAUUGCAAGAUGCAUGGUGUAUCUGUGAG